AUGAGUUAUCCAAAUAAAGUUAUUCAUAGUGGAUAUUUUAACGACACUAUUAGGCAAUGGCAGUGUCUAAAUACUCAAAUUACUCCAAUAAAUUUAAUGUAUCCAAUUUUCAUUUUAGAUGAAAAGGAUGUAAGAGAAGAAAUAAAAUCAAUGCCAGGAAUCUAUCGACAAGGGUUAAACCAUGUCAAAGCCAUGUUGGAUCCAGUUGUUGAGUCAGGGCUUAAAUCCAUCUUAAUUUUUGGUGUGAUCAAUAAGUUAUCAAAAGAUCAAUAUGGAACACAUGCCGAUUCUCUUGAAAAUCCAGUUAUUCAAGCUUUACCAUUGUUAAAGAAAUGGUACCCAAAUCUUGUGAUAGCUUGUGAUGUAUGUUUAUGUCCAUACACGUCUGAUGGACAUUGUGGGAUCGUUGAAAACCAGCAAAUAGACAAUUUAAAAAGCAUUAACAGGAUAGGAGAAAUAGCAUUAACAUAUGCUCUUGCUGGUGCAGAUAUUGUCGCUCCAUCUUGUAUGAUGGAUGGACAUGUAACAGCUAUUAAACAAAGUUUAAUGGAAAAGAAUUUGUUGAGUCGUGUUAGUGUUUUAUCAUAUUCUGCAAAAUUUUGUUCUGUAUUUUAUGGACCAUUCAGAGAUGCUGCAAAUUGUGCACCAAGUUUUAGUAAUCGCUCAUCAUAUCAAAUUCCUGUAGGAAGUUCAAGUAUUGCAGAAAGAGUGGUGGAUAGAGAUAUCUCUGAAUCUUGUGAUAUGACUAUGGUAAAACCUGGUAUGAUGUACUUAGACAUAGUAAGAAAAGUUAAGGAUAAACAUCCAAAUAUACCAAUAUUUAUUUAUCAGGUGUCUGGAGAAUAUUCAAUGUUAUAUUAUGCUGCACAAGCAGGUGUAGUACAAUUAAAAGAGGGUUUACUUGAAAUUUUAAGAAGUAUGCGACGAGCCGGUGGUGAUGUAAUCGUGACUUACUAUACUCCAGAAAUUUUAAAAUGGUUAAAAGAUGUACCAAUAUUAUAA